CUCAAUUCCAAGCUCUAUGAUAAUCACGGCUCUGUACCACUCCCCUGUUCUCCGUGCGCGCGACCUACGAAACGAUGGCUCCCCCGCAAUUCUACGAUCCUACGUCUCCUAAUGAACAGCCAGUCGCCCUACCAUCCGCACCCGCAGUAGCUCUAGCAGAGGGCAUCACCAUCCAGCCUCCGCUCACACGGCGUGGGACUGGACCGGGCUUGAUCGUCUUUGUCCCGCCCGAAUCCUCUCUUGACCUGUCCAAUAAAACGGGUGAUGAGAAACCGCUGGAUCCACUCCCGGUACAGAAGUGGGCGGAGGAAGGAUUCGCUGUCGUCGGAAUUACCACUGGGCACGUGGAUAUCGUGGAAUGCUUGAAGAAGGCUGUCGAUGGGUUGCUGGCACUUGAAGAGUUGGACACGAGGGAGAAGUUCGCAGUGGCAGUAUAUGAUCCUGCCGCGCUCGACGAGAUCGUCCUCGCGCUGUCCUCUGAUUCUCGAUUUGCCUGCCUCGUCGUCUAUGGGUCAUGUCCCUCAGGGACGGUGCCGAUUCCAACCCUCGCUCUCGUGCCUUGCGGGUCUUCAGACACAUCGAAGACUUCUUUGAGUGUGUUCAAGGUCGAUUCCGGCGCGCCCCACUUCAGUCUCCCCCAAUCAAACGAAUUCGAAUCCAGCUCGGCCUCGAUCGCGCAUAGCAAAGCAGCGGUGCACAUCAAGAAAUAUCUCGGAGGACCAUACUUUGAUCUUGAAGCUAUCUGGGAGGAGCACACCUACUUCGAAUUCGAGGUCCGCAGUGUGGCGAAAACGAUGGGCACGAUGGUCGCAGAACCGUAUGUGAACCACGUCCCAACGCUGGCCGGGGGCAUCGGUCGCAAGAAUUUGACUGCGUUCUAUCGGGACCAUUUUGUGUUCAAGUGUGUCUUGAAAUCUCCAAGAGCGACACGUAGUCUGAACAGUGGCAGCAACCCAGACGACACGCGGCUGCAGACCAUAUCUCGGACCGUUGGGACGGACCGAGUCGUUGAUGAAUUCGUCUUCCACGCGACUCACAACAAGCAAAUCGAUUGGCUGCUGCCCGGAGUGCCUCCCACUGGCAAGAAAUUGGCCAUCCCGAUGAUGGGGGUGAUCAACAUCCGAGGCGACAGGCUCUAUCACGAGCACAUCUGGUGGGACCAAGGCACGGCCUGCUUGCAGGCGGGCAUCAUACCGACGCACGUGCCGUUCGAGGGAAAGACGCUCAGACUGCCUAUUGCUGGUGUCGAGUCCGCGACGCUUUUGUGCGAUGAGAGGUCUGUGCCUGCCAACGAGAUGCUUGGCCCAGCAUACGGUAUCGUGUGAUCCCGUUGGCGCUUGAAAGUAUAAGAGGAAAUUCUGGGACGCAGGCCGAGCCUGGUCGUUGCGGACAGCAUACUGUAUAUUAAAUACGACAUCAGACUAACGUGGAACAUUCAAAUGGGAUCCGUAAGAUAUCUACAGUACACGGUGUUAUGAAUAAGUGGUCUACACAGCUACAAAUGAAAACAAGACAGCAAGGACAAAAAUAUCCAGCACUAGACUACAAAACCGCAUCCGAAUGGGUAAUGGGACACAAGAAAGAAAACAGGACGAAAGAGGCGACUAUCCAGAAUAUUCACCCGGUCCCGUUUCAUCGCCCCGGCGCCUGCUCCGGUCUCAGGACGUCCAGGAACUGCGUCCAUUCGCCAUGGUUGAAGCCCAUCGCGGCGCCCCA